UACAGCUCGCUGUCACUGGUGGGAAGGAGCGUGCCUUCCCUUCCAAGGAUGAAUUAACGUUCUAUCUGCGCUUUCCAGGGUCCCGAGGAUAAACAUGCUUAUCGGGACUUCUAUUUCAAAAAUAGCUGAAUGAAAGUUAAAAACGACCUCUAUUUUCCUGCGCGGCAAAACUAAAGAAAUUGUCACUCGAAAAGCGCGGAGAAGUUGGACGUCGUUUUUUUUUUUAUUUUUUUUAACCGAGGUAAGAUUUGUCGGGGAGCUUGUGGUUCUCGUGUGCUGGAUAAAGGAAUCUAGAAAGAUUAUGGAUAUGAGAAAAUGAGCAUCAUUCAGAGAACCUGCAGUGUUUACAUGGUGACUAUUUGUAACAUCAGAUCAUGGCCUACACCUUGGGUUCCGCCAUUGAUGGCCAGACACGUGGCGUAGGGCCUCAGCACUGCAUCACACGGGUGGAGCUUUCUGUUACUGCCGCCAAUCUUCUGGAUCGCGAUGUAGCCUCCAAGUCGGAUCCGUUCUGCGUUCUCUUCCAUGAAGUGGAUGGGAAUUGGGUGGAGCUUGGCCGGACUGAAACAGCUGUUAAUAACUUGAACCCAGUUUUUGGAGUGAAAUUCCAGGUGGACUACCACUUUGAAGAGAUUCAGAAGCUUCGCUUUGCCAUGUUCGAUGAAGACAAGUGUGCAACGCAGCUCUAUGAACACGAUUUCUUGGGAGAAUACGUUUGCACGCUUGGAGUUAUUGUGUCCAAUAAGAAACUUCACCGGCCAUUGAUCUUGGCCAACGGGAAGCCCGCGGGUAAAGGAUCCAUUACUAUUACAGCCCAGGAGCUGUCUGACAACAGAAUCAUCACUUUGACCCUGAGUGGGCGUAAACUGGACAAGAAGGACUUCUUUGGGAAGUCAGACCCCUAUCUGGAAUUUCACAAACAGGGAGAAGAUGACAAAUGGAUGCUGGUGCACAGGACGGAGGUCAUAAAGAACACUUUGGACCCCUCUUGGAAACAGUUUACUGUGCCUCUCGUUUCUCUCUGUAAUGGAGAUGUGAACAGAAAUAUCAAGGUUUUGUGUUAUGACUAUGAUAAUGACGGAGGCCAUGACUUCAUUGGAGAAUUCCAAACAACAGUGGCCAAGAUGAGUGAGGCUCAGAAUUCCGUGGAGGUGGAAUUUGAAUGCAUCAACCCAAAGAAACAAAAGAAGAAGAAGAAUUAUAAAAAUUCUGGCGUUAUUAUCCUCCAAUUUUGUAAGAUUACAAGAGACUACACUUUCCUGGAUUACAUACUUGGAGGAUGCCAGCUCAUGUUUACUGUUGGUAUAGACUUCACGGCAUCCAAUGGGAACCCUCGAGAGCCUUCUUCCCUCCAUUACAUUAACCCACUGGGAAGCAAUGAGUAUCUUGCUGCUAUUUUAGCUGUUGGACAAAUCAUACAGGACUAUGACACUGACAAAAUGUUUCCUGCUCUGGGAUUUGGAGCCCAACUCCCUCCUGACUGGAAGGUAUCACAUGAAUUUGCAAUCAACUUUAACCCCACGAACCCUUUUUGCUCAGGUGUGGAAGGUAUUGCACAGGCCUACUCUGCCUGUCUCCCCCACAUCCGUUUUUACGGACCAACAAACUUUGCUCCAAUUAUCAACCACGUAGCCCGUUUUGCAGCCCAGGCCCUGCAACAAGAAAAAGCAGCGCAGUACUUCACUCUCCUCAUUAUAACAGACGGUGUCAUCAGCGACAUGGAUGAGACGCGUCAUUCAAUUGUUCAGGCAUCCAAGCUGCCCAUGUCCAUUAUUAUCAUCGGUGUGGGCAAUGCGGACUUUGCUGCCAUGGAGUUUUUGGAUGGAGACGCCAGCAUGCUGAGGUCCAACACCGGCGAGGAGGCUGUUCGAGACAUUGUGCAGUUUGUCCCCUUUCGGGAUUUUCGUAAUGCACCAAAGGAGACCCUCGCCAAGUCUGUCCUGGCAGAGCUGCCUCAGCAGGUCACUCAGUACUUUAAACAGAGGAACCUCCCACCCACCAACCCGGCGCCGGAGUGAGAUAAGUGAGAAGAUGACAGCUCACACUGUAAAAUAGCUUUUCUGUCAACUGCCAGUGCAAAUUGAAAGUCUUGUGUGUGUCUGCCGUGGGCAAAUACCUCAAAUGGGGAAGACAACCUUGUCCUCAUUUUUUAAUUUUUUUUUGUUUUGCUUUCAAAGAGCGCAGAAAUGGUGGUUUUCAAGAACUGUGAUAAAAGCACGUUUGAACCACAGGUGCAACACUGAUCAUUUUCAUGGAAAGAUUGUUUUUUUUUAUUUUUUAUUUUUUUAUUGUUGAGAAUGUUAGUGGUUUGCUUUCUGCAUGUGUCUUGUGAUUUUUGCCUUGUGAUUCUAACAACAUUGUGGUGUUAAAUCCGCUUGGCUGAAAUCAAUAUCAGUGGUCGGACAGAGAUUUUUUUCAGGUAGCGGUCAAUUUGAAAGAAGGCUGAUUUGUAGUGAACCCAGCGCACUUGUUCCUUAAUUUGAGCUAGAGAAGGCGUUCAGUGUGAAUGGAAGGAGGUGAAGCUGCUGCGGUGGCAGCUGUAGCACUAAAACGCAGCUGUGGAAUGCUGCUCUUCAACGUGAGACCAUUUUUCCAGUUCAGUGUUACGGCUUUGGUUCAUCCUGCAUGUUGCCAGUCACCGUUUACAAAUGAACAAAGACCAUAAAACGCAUGUAGGGUUGAUUUGCAUUAGGUGUUACAGAUUUUUGUACAUACUGUAUUGAAACAAACAUUUUGUCACACCUUGAAGGCAUCAUUAUUUGAGGAAGGCGAGUCAGAAUGUGCACGAGCAGUUUGCGAUACAGUCUGAGAUUGCACUGUAUAUUUAUGAUGUUGUAAUAUGUAUUGAUAAGCUAACAGUAAAUAUUUUUAUUGUAUUAUGCAGUGCAGACGUGUGUAAUUAUACAAUUAUUAAAAUAUACAUUGCAACGUCUCUGAA